CCCCCCGGGUUUUCCACUUCUCCCCCUCUCCCACCCGCUAUAUGCGCCUCGUGGGCACAUCACCUAGCCGUCACAUCAUAAGCCCGGUGCUUGCGGCAGCACCUUCUGCGUAGACCAGUUCAACCAACACAAACACCGUCACCUCGGGCGACGCAUCCCGUCUCCCGAGCUCGUUCGUUCGCCAUCCGCGUCGUCGGCCCAACCGGCCAUUGAAUCGAGUCGUAAUGGCUCAGUCGUCCGAUCACCUCGUCGACCAGAUCGCGCAGCUCAAUGCCGCCCGGAACCUCGUCCUGGGGGAUGCCGCCUUCUACCCGCAGAUUGUGAACGGAGUCCUGCCGCUCAUCGGCGCCACCGCGCGGGUGGAGCUGCGGCGAUGGGGGACCGAGUUCCUGGCCGAGACCUUCGCCAGUCCCGCGCUGGCUACGUCCCAGAAGGAGCAGCUGGCCCCGAGAGUGCUGCAGACAUUACGGGAGAUACUGGAGUUGCCGGAGGGGGAUCCCUUGGUCUUGAAACAGAUAGUGCAGAACGCCGCCAGCUUGUAUCCGCUGGUGUUUAGGCAUAUUGUCAAUCACCCGGAUGAUGGCGCGGUCUGGGAGAACAUGACCGCCGUCAAGCAGGAUAUCCUACGCCGAUGGGACGCCUUCCCGUUCGCCGUCAAGAUCCUGUGUAUCAAAUUCGUCCAGCGGGUCGUGCAGGUGCAAACGCAUGGCUCGAUCUCGGACCCUAGACGCCCGGAACAGAACGAGACCUCGUUAGCCAUCGUGCCUCGCACCCAUGCCGUCCUUUCCCUCCCGAACCUGGAGGCAGAAGCUUCGGGCUUGCUAGAUCGACUCCUGGCCGUCUUCCAGGAGGACUCGAGUGACCCUCUCUUCGUCAACGCGACAUUGAACUGCCUGGCAGUCCUCAUUCGAACCCGCCAGUCCAUUGGCAACAAGAUCAUCAACGCGAUCAUGAACUUCCUCCCCGCGCGACAAGUCCGACCUCCGAUUACCCCUUCGAUCCGCGUGGGUGUCAAGUCGAUGGAACGGACCGCCCGAGCGGUCAUGGUCAAUAUAAUGAAGAGGAACCCGAAUCACCCCCUGGUGGGUAAGAUGCAGCAGUACAUCGAUCGGUUGAUGCAGUCCCGCCUGGAAGUCGUCGAUGACGCCUCGCGGAAGCGUGGCUUGCCCGUUGAACCCACGGACGGACUGGAUCACGCCAAACGGGCGAGACUGGGCGUGGAAACACCGCCCUUGGUCAAGGUGCCCCCGUUGCCCCCGGGCCCGAUCAGCUAUGCACAGCUCUUCACCCUGACCGAGGAUGCUGGGCUAUCGUCAUUCGACGUGAAGCAGUUGCCCCCGGAUCUCCUGGUCAAGAUCGUGGUUCCUCUGCUAGCCCGUGUCGACCAGUCGAUGAUGAACCAGUCGGUCGAGGCUAUACGCGGGCGCUACCAAACCAUUCAAAAGCAACAAGCUGCCCAGCAAAAACAAGCUGCUGCUGCUGCUGCUGCCGCCGCCGCCGCCGCCGCAGCACCUGUCGACGAUGACGACGAUGACUACGAACCCGAGUACCAGCCCAUGGAUAUUCCAGAGCCCGUAGCGGAGCAGGAGGAUGCCGUGCCGACCGAAGUGGCGGACCUCCAACCGGACCUCGUCUCUUUAGGGCCGUUUGUGCUACCCCAGCCUCCACCGCUAACAGAAGAUGAGGCCGCAGACAUUGGCCGGAGUGCAGUGGGAAGGGUAUUCGGCAUGCUGGCGUCUACCGGGGUGACCCCCACCCCGGCGAAGGGGAAGAGCCAACAGCAGUUAGGCUUCGCUCGACUGGCCGGGAGCACUUUCGAUCGAGACGCCUGGGUGACCCUCCUCACCAGACUUGCCACGAGAGCACCAGCUGGCCUGGAACCGAGAGCCGUGAAAUCCGAGCAGGAGCGGGGAAAGCCUACGAUAUCGGACUCCAUCCGAGAAACCCUCUAUCGGUAUAUCCUCGAAGACUUCCGGGGGCGGGUGAAUGUGGGCAUCAUGUGGCUCAACGAGGAAUGGUACAACGACCGCAUACAGAUGCAGUUCACUGCGUCUCAACGGACCGAGGAGGACGAGGACGUCACGGUGCCCUUGCAUUAUGAUCACUGGGUCCUGCGGCUUCUGGAUGGGUUUCUGCCCUACCUCGACUCCAGGGAUACCAAGAUCUUCAUCCGAUUCCUCAGCGAGAUCCCCGAGGUGACGAUCCCGAUCACGAAGCGAGUGGCCAGCCUGGCGAAGGACCCGGAGCGAGUGAACCUGUGUGUUCAGUCUUUACUAUAUCUGAUCAUGUUCCGACCCCCGGCGCGGGAGAUGUGUCUCAACGCCGUCGAGGAUGUCUACCAAACCUACGAGGAAUCCCGUCCCGCAGCCGGCAAAGUCCUCGCCAGGUGGCGUCCCCAGAAACCCCAAGAAGACCAACAACCCCCACAACAACUACAAACCCAGCCGCAGCCCCAAGACCAACAGCAACAAGAAGAAACCAUUCUAGCCUCCCGUACCGUCGCGCCCGAAUCCGCCACCAACAACACCUCCCUCGCCAACGGCACGGACGGAAUCCACGCCGCAGCCCGCCGAUGAAGCCACCACCUCUGCCACCUAAGCGAGUCGCAUCGAAUCCACCUACCUACUCCAACUACUUACCUAGUUGUUUGACGAGGUCGUGUAACUAGUUAGUUGUUUUUGUAUUUUCCUUUUCGAGAAUCCUUUCUCUCCCUCAUUUGUUUUUCUCUUAAGAGUGGGCAGAGAGAACGAGGAAGGGAGGGAAGGUGGACGAUGAGAUUCCCAUGAAUGAUUCCCCUGAAUGUUGUGACUAGACAGACAGUGAUGUAUUCUAUCUAUCUAUCUAUCGGAUACCUACCUGGUUUAUAUGAAUCUAGG